CUUUGGCUAGACAUCCAAACGUCUAGCACUCCUUACUACCGAGCACGCAUUUGCCGAAUAACGACUACUACUACCAGCAUCACCCAUCAUCACUAUUUAUUACGCUUUUUAUAUUCAUUUCUCCGCUUUCUUGCACCAACAUCUUUCCAGGAAUCUCUGGGGAGGAAGUUGAGAAUCAAUUGCUUCUUCUACCUCUUGUUCCCUUCUUCCUUGAUUGGCCAUCUAGGCGUGGGACAAUACACAUCGUUGGCGGUGUCACACAACGAUCGCACGGAAAUAAUUGAAGUACAGGACAGGACAGGACAGGACAGGCAGGACAGGCAGGACAGUAGUAACCUUGCAAUCACUGCACACUGUACUCUGCACACUAUACAGAUCAUAGUUCAGCAAACGAUCGUACAAAAGGUUUCUACUCGAGGACUUUGGGAAUACCACCUCAAAAAUCCCAUUUUGGAAUACCACCUAGCAGAAGUGGGGGAUGGGAAGCAAAGUACCGCGACCAAAAAUACAAAACAAGCUCUCCAUCUCUACCCAGGUAUACAUCCAGGUAUACAUCCAUCCAUACAUCCAUAUAUCCAUCCAUCCAUCCAUCCAUACAUCCAGACACACGCACAUCCGACCAAUCCAAGACCAUAUCUUCGACUCGACCCAAUAUUUCUUUCAAAACAGAACUUUCUGAAACUUCUCCCAGCUGUUCCGGAGCUUAGGACCAUUCAAAAUAUGGAUUGUUAGGAUCUCAUUGGAUUUCGAAAAUUUGGGAACUGUCGAUCAUUGUCUUCCCCAAGACUUACUAUUUAUGCCUGCAAGAAUCAGGGUCGUUGUUUUCCUAGAAUUUACUCAAUCUUUCACUCAUCUCAUCUCAUCUCGUCCACGGGUGGUCUCAUCUCCAGCGCUCUGUCCUUUUUGAGCUCUGGUGGGUCUACCAAGUAUUCAAUUAUAGAACAGCGAGCGAGCUACAUUUCCUAGCUACCUUAUUACCUCGUAGAACUUUGGAACUUUUCAUAAUCACAUCACAGCCAAAUCCACAUCCACAUCCAAAUAUACAACUGACAACCAAAUCUACAAUUGACGACCAAAUCUACAAUUGACAACCAAACAUCCAGCUCACAACCUGUCAAUCAUCGUCAAUCAUCGUCACCAUCGUCACCAGUCUCUGCUAUUUGCUCCCGUUGACGACCAUUCUCCACCAUUUACCACCACAACCCACCACCACAGCCAACCACUGGAUCAGCCAUUGACACUUAAUUCCACCCUUGAACCCUAUCAAAUUUACGAAUUCGAACCCCAGAGCCGAGAUAUAUCACUGGCAUUAUCAUUAUCCACGGGCGUUACCCGUUACCUGUACGCCCUAACUUUAAAAAAAAGUUACUACAGACAGUUACGGCGAAGCACGACAGGGGCCCCAAAAAAAAAGUCAAAAUAGCUUGCUUUACCGCCGCCAGUUUUGACACUACUACCACCAGUACCACAGUUCCACGCGGCUCCUCUUUAGAACACCUAGAUCAACAUCAUUCGAGAACCAUUUUUGUAUUUCCAUGAGACGCAGCCAUAUAGCAGAUUACUCAGGUCGGAUACCAGAGUCAGCCAGCAGCCAGGGAGCUCAGGAAGCAGAAUACAGGCGAUAUACUCCAGUAAUAUAGUGGCUGCAUGGCGAUAUAACCCAUUCGAAACCCCCUCGACAUUUCCAAUCGACCGGCACAUACUGAAGAAGAAUCCGACAUCAACAAUUUAGUAUCGCAUAUAAAAGCUUCAUCUAUGCUACAGAGUUAGCAGCAUAAGCAAAGGCUGUUCGCGACAAUAGAUCUUGAACCGGAAUUUACUUUAUGGUUGUUGCAAUGGCCAUGGCUAACAAUGGAUCACUUUCUCCUGCCCCUCCUGCGGCUUUCCAAGAGCCCCCGCCCGAUUACAUUGAAAAUGGACGCCUGUAUCAUGGACUACAUAAAGGAAAAUACAUGUUUCCUUGCGACGAGGAUGAGAAAGAUCGGAUGGAUAUAUUUCACAAAUUUUUCGAAGUCGCAAUGGGAGGCGCAUUACACUCUAGGAAUACCACGUUUACGAAUAAUUACGAUGGGCCACGAAUUCUGGACUUAGGGACAGGCACCGGAAUAUGGGCGAUUGAUAUGGCCGACAAAUAUGGUUCAGAUAUGGGUACAGGUGAAGUUCUCGGGCUUGACCUAGCUAGAAUACAACCUCCAACUAUUCCCGAAAAUUUACAGUUUUUACAAAGAGAUAUAGAAUCGCCUUGGUGGGGACUCGAAGUUGAGUCGUGGGAUAUGGUUCAUAUACGGAUGCUUUCCGGGAGCAUCAAUAGCUGGCCUGCAUUAUACCAAAAGGUCCGCAGGUAUCUCAAGCCUCAGGUGGGCCGUUUCGAGCAGGUUGAAAUAGAUUUUACUCCUCGCUCAGAUUUUGGGGACAUUCCAGCCGACUCGGCGCUGGCUACAUGGGCGCGGAACCUUUUCGAAGCUACUCGGCGCAAUUUUCGACCUCUAGCUUAUAAUACGGAGAUUCGAGCAAUGCUUCAGAAAGAAGAGUUCCUCGAUAUUCAAGAAGAAGUGAUACGAAUUCCCCUUAAUCCAUGGCCCGAUGAUCCACAAGAAAAGGACGUUGCAAGAUGGUACAAUCUGGCCCUCACCCAGGGACUGGAAGCAAUGACGCUUGGGCCCAUGCACAGAAUAUACGGGUGGUCGAAAGAUGAUGUCACAAGGCUGAUUACAGAAGUGAGGAGAGAUAUUUGCAAUAGGAAAAUCCGCGCUUAUAAUAAUUUGCAUGUAUGGACUGCACGCGCACCGGUCAAACCCCCUUCAUAGACGUCUUUGAGGUUUCAAGAGGUUGGAAAUUACAAACGAAGACCGAUUGGUCAAUUUGGUUUUGGAUCGGCGAACUUUAAGUUUUUUUUCGGAUAUUGCGAUCAAUUUCAACCAGGGUUGUGGUCCAUCUUUUCAUACCGAACCUUGCCUUUCGGCCUGGCGCGCUUUUGAGGCUAGGACGGAUGAUGAAUGAAUUUUAUGGGAUGGUACUUUAUGCGCAUUAUUGUUGGAUGCGCGCGCAUAUUAUAUGCACCUUAAGCGCCUGCAAGAAUACGGAUCGUCAUUGAGAGUUGUUGGGGAUUCAAUGUACCCACGGCUGAUUGACCGAAAAUGCUAGGUACAUCCGCAAAGGAUCAUCUGAGAGGACGGCGAAGUGUGGGUGGCAAUCUAUACCUCAAUUCUUAUAGGAUAUUCAAGGGAAGGGGCGGACCGAAGCGUAUACGAAGUGUGGCGGGCAUAAUCAUGGAUUGGCCCGAGUACAAACACAGCAGACUGUUGCUCCCAAGAUUUCGGGUCAAGCUUGCCUAAAGCGUAAUGGAAAUGGGUUACACGAAGCCUUGGUAAAAUUGAGAGGCGCAGCACGACAUGAACCCGACAAUUCUUGGACUGCAUGCUACAGAAUUUGGUAAUUUAAAAUACCAAAUUACCUGUGGUUUCUGACGUGUCGGUUGUAUGGUGGAAAAUGAGGAAAUGAAUGUGCUGGCCGUUGCACAACUCAUGAAGGUUACAUUUUUUAAUUUCAACGGAUGAGAAAGAACAAUUGAUUGGUCAAUUUUGUCCCAUCAUUAUAGAUCCGAGAUAUGGUAGCGAGAGCCAACAAUGAGAGCGCAGCCGACGCACGGAACAUCAAUAAAUGUGCACAAACACAUACACAUCAUACACAUACAUACGCUUGCUUACUUCCUCUUCUCACGCUUCUUCCUCAGCAUUUUUUAAUAUAAAAAAAGUUACAAUUUCCGUAUUCAGUAUUGAAAAGUUUAGAAGGAUUGGAUGAACUUCUCAGUUGGUGGACACUGGGUAAACGGUUAGAAGUAGACGAUUAGCACGGCCCUACUUUUGGAUUCGUCUGCAGCUUUUUAACGAUUAUACCCCAAUGCAUUUUAUGUUUUUACUUUCUCCUUCCAUUUGGAUGGGUUGAUUCAUUUGUUGGUUUUUUUCGUCACGUGGGUUUUGUUCAAUUUUUCUACAAAUAUCAGCAUAAGCAUUGCAUAUCGAUUUUCAUUUAUUUUUGAUGAUAUCCCUUUUGCAGUUUUUUUUCCCCAAUGUUUGUUGAAGAUGAUUUGGAAUUCCAACAGCAUAUACCUACCGCACGUGCAUGCAUAGAAUCUGGCGUGGAUGGGAUCGGGAUUUGAUUUGAAAAGAUGAAUGGACGAAUGGAUAGAUGGGUGGCAGCAAUGGACGAAUGGAUGAAUGAAAAGACGGAUCUAUACAUCCGAUUAAUCUUUUUUUAUCUCUCUCCUUUUGGCUACUACGCUGGAGGAAAUUAUUGUAUCCCCAUCUAUGUAUCGAUCUAUCGAUCUAUUUACAUCUGCUUACCUACUUCCCCAUACUUAUGUACUUUUAUGUACUUACUCGACUUUGUAAAUAUGUAUUCUUAUCUAUCUAUCUAUCUAUCGAUCGAUCUAUCAUGUAUAUAUACAUAUAUACCUACACAUAUAACCGUUCCGGUACGUAUUUGUAGUGUCAACAUGCCUAUCGCAUAUAAGAACCUAUUAGAAGGAAGUGGAGAAAUGGAGAAAUAGAUUUGUUUGUGUGACGGAAUGGAAUGGUGGGUUUAUUUG